AAUCAUCCAUCCAUUGAGUGUCGCAAGCAUUCGAUGUCGGGUUCACUCAUAUCGGUAAGCCAUGGGACUCUGCUCGACUCCCCAGCGCGAGAUGUGCAAAAGCGGAUCGCGCUAGAUAACGCGCAGGUAUACCGCAAUGAGUCUGAGGCUGGUGAUGCACUGCGUGCGAGCGGGCUCAGGCGCGAGGACGUCUACAUCACCACGAAGUACUCGGGGCGCGCGGACAUUGACACGUCUAUCAAGAACAGCUGUGAAUUCAUCCUCUUCCACCCUUAUGUCCUCACUCGCCAAACUCCCAUCGUGGCCUUCGGCUCUUCACAUGGAAUUGUCAGCGAGGCCUACAGCGUACUGCUGUACGUCUUCUUCCAUCCAUCAAUCUCUCCCUCUGCAAAUCCGAUCGUUUCUUCAUAUAAAUUACCAUCUUCGCGUGGCAGACCCAUCACUCAACAGCCCGGGGGGAAUCUCGACGCACCUCUGAAGUCUAUCUCUGAGCGGCUCAAUUCACCGCCGGAGCAGGUCCUCCUCGCGUGGGCGAAAGCGAAAGGGGUUGUGGUCGUGACCUCGAGCACAAAGCGAGAACGUCUCGAAGGGUAUCUGAAGGCGGGUGAUCUAAAGCUUACCUUGGCGGACAUUGUUGCGAUUGACAUGGCAGGGCUUGCGGGCUGA